AAGCCUUGACAACUCAGGAGCAGCUGGUAAGGGUGUCUUGAGCAUUUUUUCCCCUCGUCAUCCCGUCAUGUUCAUGGUUGUGGAGGAGUUCCUGAGUGAGGUGCGAAGCAGGGAGCUGCCUCACAGCGCUGGGCUUGUCUCCCAACCUACAGCCGUUAAGUUUCUUAUGGCCCGCAAGUUUGAUGUCUCCAGAGCCAUUGAUUUAUUCCAAGCAUAUAAGAACACAAGAAUCAAAGAGGGCAUCAUAAAUAUAAACCCAGACGAGGAGCCUCUGCGCUCUGAACUGCUGAGUGGCAAAUUUACAGUCCUGCCUGGCCGAGACGCUAAAGGUGCUGCGCUAGCACUCUUCACUGCCCGCCUCCAUCGGCCAGACGUCACCACCCACAAAGCUGUGCUGCAGGCCAUCAUCUAUCAGUUGGACAAAGCCAUAGAGAGUAUACAAACUCAAAGAGACGGACUCAUAUUUAUUUACGACAUGACAAAUUCCAGUUAUGGAAAUUUUGACUACGAACUCUGUGUCAAGAUUCUCAAUUUGCUCAAGGGAGCAUUUCCAGCUCGUCUGAAAUGUGUCUUCAUUGUGUCCUCACCGCUGUGGUUUCGAGCACCUUUUGCAGUUCUCCGCCUCUUUGUUCGAGAGAAACUGAGGGAAAGGGUAUGCACAGUGAAAGCACAUGAGUUGGCCAGUCACAUCCCAGUCUCCUCCCUACCUGAGCACCUGGGUGGGACUUCUCAGUAUAGCCAUGUGGCUUGGAUCCAGUCCUGUGUUAACAUACAAACAAAUGCCAUUAGAGGCGACAUUCAAGAACAUGACACGCAUGACUGUGUGGGAAGCCUGUUGCGCUCUUACAGCUUAGACAACAGCAACACAAGCAUAGGUGAAACCUUGCCCCACCCCGAUAUGAAUACACAACUGGAUACUGAGCACGCCAUGGCUAACUCUAACUGCUAUGAUGACAACAAUGCUAACCCACACAACCACUGUGAUGCAGUGGGGGGCAGGACUCGAGCACCAGGCCAGUACCAACAGAUUUCAAAUACUGCCACAGAGAGGCCGCAGGGGAACCACCAACAUUGGAAUGGCUCGGCAGUGAGCGAAGCCAGUAUUGGUGGUCCAAAUGCAAACAAACAUGGGCGUGGUUGCCAAGCUCCGCCCCAAUCAGACACACCCCCUAAUACACCACUUUCACAGAAAAAUGAUGGAGCAGCUGGAAUUACAGCAGACGCUCCUUUUAGGUCUCAGACUGAGGAUGGAAAGGAUGAUGAGGAGGAUGAAGAGGAAGGAGUGCCUCCGUUGCCUCAGAAAUCUCUGCCCCGUCCACCCAACCAGCCCUCAUCACAAUCCCCACCUCUGUCCUCAUCAUGGGGUCCUGAUGAUGAUGAGACCUGCUGCAUGGAGGUGUCUGUUCACAUGCCAGGGCAGGGUGGCAUGUCAGUGAAUGAGUUAGUGGAGUAUGUGAAAAGGAAGAAGAAGAGAGGGAUCUAUCAGGAGUAUGAGGAAAUUCGCAAGGAGCCUCCAGCAGGCACAUUCGACUAUUCCAAGAAAUUGUCCAAUCAGAUCAAGAACCGGUACAGUGAUGUUCUCUGCCUGGACCAGUCACGAGUGCGACUCUGCCAGCUCUCUGAUGAUGAGGAUGAGACAUCAGAUUACAUUAAUGCCAGUUUCAUGGAUGGGUACAAGACACGCAACGCCUACAUCGCUACUCAGGGUCCUUUGCCAAAAACCUUUGGUGACUUCUGGCGGAUGGUAUGGGAGCAGAUGGUACUUAUCAUUGUCAUGACCACAAGGGUUGUAGAGCGUGGACGUGUCAAAUGUGGUCAGUACUGGCCUCUUGAGGAGGGCAGGACGGAGCAGCAUGGAUACUUUUUGGUUAAGAAUAGACAUAUCCAGGUGUUCCAGGACUUCAAACUCUCCUAUCUUGAACUAUACAACACACAGUCUGGAGAGAAACGGGAUAUAUGCCACUACCUCUAUGUCAGCUGGCCAGACUUUGGGGUGCCUAAAAGUGCGUCUGCUAUGUUGGAUUUUCGUGAGCAUGUAGUUCAAACAAGGGAGGCUGCAGUCCAGAAUCUGGGGUCCAGCUGGAGGGGGCCUCCAUGGGGUCCUCCUGUGGUUGUACACUGCAGUGCUGGCAUUGGACGUACAGGCACAUUCUGCACUCUGGACAUCUGCCUGUCCCAGCUGGAGGACGUUGGCACUGUAGAUGUCCAUCAAACAGUGCGGAGGAUGCGUACACAGAGGGCUUUCAGCAUCCAGACCUGGGACCAGUACCAUUUUUGCUACAUGGCAGUUAUUGAGUAUGCCCAGCGGCAUGGGAAAAUGGCCCCAGUACAGUGGUCUGACUCAGACUUGGAGACUGACAGCGAGUGAGAAACGCACAAAGAGAUGGUGAAAUAAUGGGUUAGUCAACCUAAACAGAAGUCAUAGGAAUUUUAAGAUAAGAAAAGAGCAGUGUUUGAAAAUGGAGGAAGAUGGUAAACCUUUGGCCAUAAGUGCGACAAGAAAGGAUGGUAGACUCCAACAGUUGUUCUUCCUUCACAUGAGUGGACAGGUGGAGGAGAUGACAAGCUCAGGAAGAAAGUACAUUGCUGUGGAGACUAUGCAUUGCAUCAUUAAGGAGCAAGCUGACCUGCCAAUAUCCAAUCCCCUUGUUAUAUAGCAAACUAUGUGGGGACUUGGCUUGCCCCCAAACCUGUCUUGUAGACAAAAGCGUACGAGUUGUAGCAUUUUUAUAUUGACUUGCACAUGAGAAAUGACAAACUUGAACUUAAGCCCUUGAAGCCCUCCGAACUCGUCUUUUUUUCCCUUGUAUUUCUUGUUCCUUUUCGGCUCUGAAUAUGUCUGAUUCCAGAUAACUUGUGAGGGGUGUGAAAAGGUGAAACUUGAAAACAUUUUUCUUUAGUUUUAUGUUUUUAUUUGUUGUUGAGAAAAUGUUUCUUUAUGAGAGAGUGGUUGUGAAAGAUAACUGUGUGAGCCAUUUAGUCAAUUUUUUUUUUUCUAUGACAAGUUUUCUAUGUGCAUUUCGUAUUUGUGCAUAUGUAGACUAACUUUUCAAAGCCAAAGUCCUUACCCUGAAUGCUUGGAUGUACUCCUUACUGAGAUGCUAUAGACUGAAGCCCUGUAUAUUCUUGUAACAUACAUUUAUACUUUAUUGUGCAUAAUAACAUCCUCUGAAAUGGCAAAAAAAAAGCUUUGUAUAAUUGAGUUAACCGUGAGAAAAAAAGUCUAUGUAGCGAGCCAACCAAUGACAACAAGAGUUCUGAUUUUAUGAGGUGAAUCUCAAGAUUUGUCAGCUCUAACAUUAUCUUUGCUGUCUGAGCAUUCUGAUUGGAAGUUCUUGAGUAAUCUGGCCUUAACUUAAUUCACUGCCUCGUCGUCUUCAGAUAUGAACACCACCUUAAACUGUAUACUUCCUUAAACUGUAUACUUGUAUUAUCCCUCUUUUUCCUACCUGUUUUUAAAUCUCCCUCCCUUGAUAACGCAACUGUUGUUUGAUUAUUGAGGCUUAUCCUGCCUCAAAUAAUUGUGCCUUCACAUUUUCCCUUAACUCAGUUUCUUGCCAAGUGACGAAUAAUGCCCAAACUAGUGCACUUGCGUAGUUCAUGUUAACUGUCAUACAGGAUAAUUCUUAAAAUCCCGAGUAUAGUACGCUACUUGGUAAAAUAAAGUAGUGAAUAUCCAGAAGGAAGCUCUGGUUGGAGACAUGGCUACUCUUUUAUCAUUUGACCUCAGGGGUUAACUCUUGUGUUUUUUGUUUUUGUUUUUUAUGUCAAAAAUCCGUUUCUGGGUUUGUAUCUGAUAAAUUAUCAUUUAAGGAAAACAUCCAAUUUUUGUAUUUUUUUUACUGUAUUGUAUCCUACUGUAUUUGUCUUUGUACAACUUCUACAAUAUUGAGUCAGUGAAUGUUGGUACGAUGCUACAAAGAAAACCGACCAGCUAUUGCGUUUGAUAAGCUGAACAAAUCAAAUGAGUGGAAUAUAUAUAUAUAUUUUUGUUCUUCACAGUGAAAUUUAGGUGAAACAUAUUUUACUUGCCAUAACAUUUUACAUAUGUGGUGAUUGUCCCGUUUAUGGACAAUUAAAGGGGAGAGCUAACAGUUGUCUCAUUUUUUAUUUUUUUUUAUUUUAUGGAAGUCUUGAGUAAUAACAUCCUACUGUUAUUAUGCCAAGAAUGAAGCAAAAAAAAAAAGCUGUCAUUUCUUUUAACAGAUAUACUAUAUAUAUAUAUAUAUAUAUAUAUGUAUCUAUAUUAAAUGAGUUAAAGUUUUAUCAGCAUGGAAAGAGAGCCUUGAAUGUUUUUGGGGUAAUGGUGUCAGAAUAUAGUCAAACAUACGUGGAUAUUUUCUCAUGAAUGUGGACCCUCUAGCCCUCAAUGCCAAAGGCCUAGGCUCACCCUGAAGACAUAGAUAUUUUUUCCUAUUGGACAUCCCAAACAGCCUACUCGCAUGGACCCCACCAGUGUAGCCUUGCAGCCAUGGACACAGACUCUGGAGCACCUCGGGAACAUUACUAACGUUUAUCUAUAGCUUCAUAUUGGGAGAGUGUAUGUAAGAGUUCUGGUUCUCUAAGUUUUUUUUUUUUUUUUUUUUUUUUUUUUUAUAAGAAAUGGAAUGCAAUGUGGAUUUACUAUUGGGUUCAUUUUUUUCUAUGUUUUCUUUCAGUGUUUUAAGUUUAUGUAUUUGAAUUAUGGCCUUUUACAUGCUGUCAACCCAGCUGUCCCAUUAAAGCAAUGGUCUUACUGAAUGAA